GUCAGCCAGAUGCAUUAUGUCACUGAUGGGAUUCAUUUCCUAAAGAUUUGAUUUAAUUAUCGUAAUCGUGCCUGGGCCGGAUAAUGGGACGAAUAUCGAAACAAUAGUUAAGUUACUAGCUAUUUUUUUUAAUUCCGAACGUCAGGAUUAAGCUAACUAUAUAAGAGAUUGCUAUUUAGCUGACUAGUGUAUUGUAGCUAGCACUAUGCUGCAGCAACAUACAUAGGACCAUCUAUUUAUAAGUUUUGGUUGGAUAAUACGUAUUUCGGGUUCUAGCUUAGCUAGCUGUAGCUAAUCCAAUUGAUAGUUUAUUACGCCGUAGUUGCUUGGUCGCUGUGUGAAUAACCUCGAGUAAUCGGCCAAAAAGUUGAACCAGCUACAUUAGAGAACCGGCAAGGAUCACUUUCUAACUUAUCUAAGUUAACUUUAGUUGUUGACUGCCUGUCUGAGGAGAAAGAGGAAGUUAAACCAGGAAUGCGUCGUUGCAGACCACAACUGAAAAUCUUGGGGAUCGAUCCCAGGGGGCACACGCAUGUGACUCGAGUCGUCUGCCUAGUAAACUGCGCCACAGCUCUCACCACCCGAAGACACGUUUAUGAAAUGUGACACCUUGACUUGUGUCCAAAUGGCAAAUUAGACUACGGGACUAUGGCUCUGAAGACCACAGUGAGCUCUAUGUUGGUGGGGGUGGAGGGCAUGACUUGUGGAUCAUGUGCGCAGAGUAUCGAACAGCAGAUCGGUGGGAUGCCUGGCGUGUUCCACGUUCAGGUGUGCCUGGAGAUGAAACAAGCUACAGUGGUGUUUGAUGCCAGCAUGCAGAGCCCAGAUUCCCUCUCCGAGGCCAUUGAAGAUAUGGGCUUCGAUUUCAACCAGGCCAAUUCAGCCACAGUCUCAGCUGUGUCCACAGAAACCAAGUUCAUUGCCAUGCCAGAUCUUCAUGCAUUCCAGCCACAGGAACUCCACAGGCUGUCGGAGUUAAAGGGGGUUGUAGAGAUCCAGGCAGCCCACGACCAGAAAGGUUGCUCCGUCACGUUCAUUCCUUCUGUGUUAAAUGCUGAGCGGCUGAAUGAGGCGAUGCGUGAUCUGGCUGUGGACAGGCCACCAAAGUCCCUGGACACGCAGUCACAGGAAGUGGUGAAAAUGCACAUUGAAGGAAUGGUUUGUCAUUCCUGCGUCAAAACCAUUGAAGGAAAGAUCGGGAAACUGCAAGGAAUUCAGAAGAUCAAAGUUUCCUUGGAGUCCCAGGAAGCUACAGUGUUGUAUCAGACUCACCUCAUCACGCUGGAUGACAUCAUCCUCCAGAUUGGUCUAGCAGGCUUCAAGGCCAGCACAAAAUCCAAACCCCGCUCAUUGCAGCUCUCCAGCAGUGAGCUGGAUCUCCUGAUGGGCACCUCCAGCCAGAGUGCCCUGUUGCCAGGCAUGACGGUCCCACAGCAGGUCACUGAAGAUGCAACCACCGCUUUGCUGAAUGGAAGUGACUGCUCCACUCCCACACCUUCCCCACAUUCCAACCCCAGACUCGUCAAUGCGAUUCCAAUUCAGCAAGGAAUGGAGACUUUGACACCUGGACAACAUGUUGUCAAGAACGACAGCGGAAGCCCGCCGUUGCUAUUGGUACCACCUGCAACCUCAUCGCCAGUCUCUCCUUUGUGCCAACCUUUGGGGGCGGUAGUGGAAAUCCGUAUUGAAGGCAUGACUUGCAACUCCUGUGUACAGUCCAUUGAGGGAAUGAUUUCUCAGCACAAGGGGGUAAAGACUGCCCAGGUUUCCUUAGCCAACCACAAUGGGACCUUUGAAUAUGACCCUCUGGUGACCUCUGAGGAGGAGUUGAGGGCAGCCAUUGAGGACAUGGGCUUUGAUGCCUUUCUUCCUGAAACCAAUUCCCUCGUACCAGUCUCAAAGAGGCAAUCAAGUCCCAGCAAGCCGGUCUCGCCCUCUUCUACGAGUCCAGCACCCGUGAAGGAGGUGGAAGCGCCUGUAUUGGAGGGCAGAGGGGGAGGGACACAGAGCCUGUCCAAAUGUUUCAUCAAGAUUGGUGGAAUGACCUGUGCCUCUUGUGUGGCUAACAUUGAGAGGAACCUCAAAAAUGAGGAUGGGAUUUAUUCAGUCCUUGUUGCCCUCAUGGCUGGCAAGGCAGAGGUUCGCUACAAUCCUGGAGUCACUGACCCCUCCGACAUCGCAAAUUCCAUUGCAGAGCUAGGCUUCAGUGCUUCCGUCAUGGAGAAUAUGGACAACUCAAAUGGAAACUUGGAGCUUGUGGUCCGAGGAAUGACAUGUGCGUCCUGUGUCCACAAGAUUGAGUCGAAUCUAAUGAAAACCAAAGGUAUUGUUUAUGCUUCAGUUGCUUUGGCGACCAACAAAGCCCAUAUUAAAUAUGACCCAGAAGUGACUGGACCACGUGACGUCAUCAGAUUGAUUGAGAACUUGGGCUUUGAGGCAUCUCUUGUAAAGAAAGAUCGCUCUGCCAGUCAUCUGGACCACAGUAAAGAAAUACGACAGUGGAGAAGGUCCUUCUUGAUCAGCCUCUUCUUCUGCGUCCCCGUGAUGGGAAUGAUGAUGUACAUGAUCAUCGUGGACCACAACGUCUACACGGAACACCAGCACAACGUCACCACAGAAGACAUUGACCAACAUCACUCUACCAUGUUCCUGGAGAGACAGCUCCUCCCUGGGCUGUCUGUCAUGAACCUCAUAUCUUUUCUGUUCUGCCUCCCUGUGCAGUUCGUUGGAGGCCGAUACUUCUACAUCCAGGCCUACAAAGCGGUGAAACACAAGACCGCUAACAUGGAUGUUCUCAUUGUGCUGGCCACAUCCAUCGCCUUUACUUACUCCCUGCUCAUCCUGCUGGUGGCCAUGAUUGAGAAGGCCAAAACCAACCCUGUCACCUUUUUUGAUACGCCCCCAAUGCUCUUUGUCUUCAUCUCAUUGGGAAGGUGGCUUGAACAGAUAGCAAAGAGUAAAACCUCUGAAGCCUUGUCCAAGCUGAUGUCCUUACAGGCAACCGAGGCCACUGUUGUCACCCUGAAUGAUGAUAUGACUGUUCUGAGCGAGGAGCAGGUGGAGGUUGAUCUGGUACAGAGGGGAGAUGUAGUGAGAGUCUACCCUGGGGGGAAGUUCCCUGUGGAUGGGCGUGUCAUUGAAGGGCACUCCAUGGCAGAUGAGUCUCUCAUUACAGGGGAGGCCAUGCCUGUGACCAAGAAGCCAGGGAGUUCUGUCAUUGCUGGCUCCAUAAAUCAAAAUGGCUCUCUUCUCAUCACUGCUACACAUGUGGGUGCUGACACCACCCUGUCUCAGAUUGUCAGACUGGUGGAGGAGGCGCAGACAUCAAAGGCACCUAUCCAGCAGUUUGCUGACAAGAUUAGUGGAUACUUUGUCCCCUUCAUCGUUGGUGUCUCUGUCCUAACCCUCAUUGCGUGGAUUGUGAUUGGAUUUGUUGACUUUUCUCUGGUUGAGAAAUAUUUUCCGGGCUACAAUAAGAGCAUCUCUCAGACGGAGGUGAUAAUCAGGUUCGCCUUCCAGGCUUCCAUCACAGUGCUGUGCAUCGCCUGCCCCUGCUCCCUUGGGCUCGCCACGCCCACCGCUGUCAUGGUGGGCACCGGGGUUGGUGCGCAGAAUGGCAUCCUCAUCAAAGGUGGCCAGCCACUGGAAAUGGCUCACAAGAUUCAAACGGUAGUGUUUGACAAAACCGGGACCAUCACAUACGGCACCCCCAAAGUGAUCCAGGUGAAGAUGGUGGUGGAGGGAAACCACGUUCCCAGGACUCGGCUGCUGGCCAUCGUUGGGGCCGCAGAGAACAACAGCGAGCACCCGCUGGGAGUGGCCGUCGCAAAAUACUGCAAACAGGAGCUGGGCAGGGAGCUGCUGGGCACCUGCACGGACUUCCAGACAGUACCUGGGUGUGGGAUUCACUGUCAGGUCAGCAUCACGGAGCCUCUGCUGCUGCAGAACGAUGGAGACGAUGAGGAGAAGAGCAUCUUGGUGCAGAUCGGUGACAGCACACACCCCCUCAGCACAGACCCGGAGUCCUUCACUCAGGUGCAGCUUCCCUCCUACACGGUCCUCAUUGGGAACCGGGAGUGGAUGAGGAGGAACGGGCUUCAGGUGCAGCGGCACGUGGACGAGGCCAUGAUCGAACACGAGCGGAGAGGCCGCACUGCAGUCCUGGUGGCCAUCGACGGUCUACUCUGUGCAAUGAUUGCCAUUGCUGACACCGUGAAGCCCGAGGCGGAGUUGGCCGUCCACACGCUCAAAUCCAUGGGUCUGGAGGUGGUGUUGAUGACGGGGGACAACAGCAAAACCGCACGGGCCAUCGCCGCCCAGGUGGGCAUUAGGAAGGUGUUCGCGGAGGUCCUGCCCUCUCACAAAGUGGCCAAAGUGGAGCAGCUACAGCGGUCAGGCAGGAGGGUGGCCAUGGUGGGAGAUGGUGUCAACGACUCCCCAGCCCUGGCCAUGGCGGAUGUGGGGAUCGCCAUUGGCACAGGGACGGAUGUGGCAAUUGAGGCAGCAGACGUAGUGCUGAUCAGGAAUGAUCUUUUGGACGUGGUGGGAAGUAUCGAUUUGUCCAAGAAGACGGUGAAAAGGAUUCGGAUUAACUUUGUUUUUGCACUCAUAUACAAUCUUAUUGGAAUUCCAAUUGCGGCUGGGGUGUUCCUUCCUGUGGGCCUGAUUCUUCAGCCUUGGAUGGGAUCUGCAGCAAUGGCCGCUUCUUCUGUCUCUGUGGUUCUUUCUUCUCUCCUGCUUAAAUGUUACACCAAACCCAGUGCGGAGAAGCUGGAGUCUCGGUUGAAGCAUCGCGGGCAGAUGAGGCUUAGCAGCAUGUCCGACAUAAGCAUACACAUCGGCAUCGAUGAGUGCCAACCGCCCUCACCCAAACUCAGUCUUCUGGACCGCAUUGUCAAUUACAGCCGGGCCUCGAUCAGCUCGCUCCGCUCAGACAAACAUUCGCUGAACAGCAUGGCCCUGGUGGAGCCUGACAAACACUCUCUGCUGGUCGGGGGCGCUCACUGUGAGGAGGAGAUGGUCUAGGACCUGCGGCUCAUCUCUAAGCCUUUAUUCCACAGCUGUCUUUGCCCUGACAUUCAUUUUAGCAGAAGCUGGGAGUUUUACAAAGAAGGUGUUUUAUUCAUUUAUUAUGUUUGUUUAUUUAUUUUUGUGUGUGUGUUCACGGAACAAUGUUUUUAAUACAGUCUAUAUAUGGUAAAUGUCGUAAAUGAAUACUCUACGAAUAUAAAAGCAUGGUUUGCUCCUUGAAGUGUGCCUUUGUAAGGUGACCCAGGUUGAAAUGUCAGCACUAAAAUGCAGGAGAUGAUUUUUGUCAAUAUUUACUUUUCUUUUGCAUAAUCAGGAGAUUAAUGUACAGUGAGAUAGCAGACGAGUAACGGGUGUUUUUUUUCAGGUCAUCACUCGGUAACAGACUUUUGGAAAUAACUUUGGUGUUGCCUCCUUGAGAAUCGCUGAAGUCAUUUAUGAUUAAGCUGCAAGUGCCAGUGAUUAUGGACUGGACUUUUACUUGACCCCAAACAAUCUGGCUUCACGUCUAGCCACUCCACUAAGACUAUUGUUUCCGAGAACUUUCACCCUAUGCUAGAUCCCCCCCACUACUUGCACAGACCGAUGAAUAUGUUCAUAUUUUAGCCGUUUAGAAGACAUUCAUUCCUUAUUUAGCUGAGCUUUUAUCCAUAUUUUAGACUAAGCAGGAGACAUUCCCCCGGAGCAAUGUGGGGUUAAGGGCCUUGCUCAAGGGCCCAACAGCUGUGUGGAUCUUAUUGUGGUGACAUCGGGUCCCAGUCAUGUACCUUAGCCACUAGGCUACAGGCUGCCUGCAUACAGAGCAACUUGCAUAGUUAUAUCCUUUGCAUACAAUCCAUUUAUACAGUGAAGAAACUUGGGUUGAGUACCUUGUUUGAGGGUACAAUGGCAGUGCUGCACCUGGAAAUCAAACCUUCUUCUUGGGAGUUGCAAGUUCCGUUCCCUAACCAUUAUGCUACACUUCUUCUUAACUAUAGCAGAAAUGGGAAUCUUGGGCACUGCCUUCACCUAAAUCUCAUCCUACCUCUUGAGGAGUUCCUACCAUGUAACCUGGCAACCUGUAACCUCCCACUCAAUAUCACGCUGCCUUUCAAUAGGAGUUCCCAGGGAUCAGUGCUUGAGUGAUGCUCAUUUAAUUCUUUUUUCCCCAUUCUAACCAUUCAUUGUAAUCACACAAAAUGACACCUCCAUAGCAUAUCUAGAAAACGUGUUGCCAAGAUGUUGACUUCUCAAGGUGUCCUUAGACUUCAACCAUCCAAGACUGGUAUUACCAUUCAUAACACAACCAUAUCAUCUCAGACUGACAAAAAAAAACCUGGCAUGACAAAACUAUUGUUCAGUGUUAAUAUAGCAUCAUCAGCGCAAACCUCUAGAUUCGUCCUCUACAAAAUCUAAAAAAUCUAAGGACCAUGCCCAUUUCUUACUCCCUACUGAUCCUAGCUGCUUGUCUUGACCAUUGCUUCCGUAGCUGAACUAUUGUGGCUCUGCACGCCAUGUUUGAUUUAUACUUUACCAUUUCACUAUUGUAUCUAUGGGAGUAGGUCUCACUGCAAUUUACACAAUCUUUUACAUUAAUACCAUCGUAUUAUUUAUUAUAAGUCAAUAUUACAUUGUUUUAAUGUUGCACUGAUUUUCAAAUCUCUUUUUUAAAGCUUGCAUGCAAAGUUGCAUUACCGUAGCUUAUAGGGGUGUUUCAACCCGAGUUGGAAAAUAUGACUAUUGUAAUGACUUUGGACAAUUUUACCACUAUAUUACAAUAAUUUUUGGAGAUAUCCAUUGUCGUGAAAAUUAGAGUUGACUGGAAAAAUGAAAUUGAAAACCAGAGACUUCUUGUAAUUCCAUUUUUAUUUAAUUUCGCGACUGCAAAUCAAAGAUGAAUACCAUGAUUGGAGUAAAUAUCUUGAAUCUGCACCUCUGUACUGUAGAAAAUCCUUCACUUGCGUGGGCUUCAGUGUUAAACCUUGCCGGCUGAUCAUUUCACUCUCAUUGUCAACAACACAAACAAGAAAUAUACAGCCUUACAAUAUACAAGUCCUUCUGCUGUAUAUUUUCUUUAUUCGGUUUACUUACUGAUUUAGUACUAUUUCUGAAUAUGGACAUUUGAAAUAAUAAUAUACCUUUAACAGCACUUUUCCUAUCAUUUGGUAUCCCAAAGGAUAUAAAGAAAAAAAAAUACAGUAGCAUGUAUAAGAGUGUAAAAAAAUAAAUAAGUUUUUAAUUGGCUCUUCAAAUUUUUAGUCAGGCUUGAGUAAGGCAAUCCAGAAUUUCAGCAUUUAAGAAAUGAAAUGAAUCCUCCCUGCUCCUUAGGAAUAUUAAGAUGCUCAGCAUCUGCAGACCUGAUGGAAUGUUGUGGCUUGUAUUUUGCUAUCAAGUCAGUAAUGAUCAGUGUAUCAUUAGUGUGGUGCUAAACUAAUGCUUUAAGACAAGAAAAAUAAACAGUGAAAACAAUGCAGGUGUAGGUGAAAAAUGUGUACGUUUUGGUUCUUCUUAAAGCACGUGCUGCCUUGUAGCUGCUGAUCAAUAUUUUUGGGGAAACCAGAAAUAAGGCCAUGGCAGUCUAUACAGUACAAAGCAAAAACCGGUAUUAACAAUUCUGUAUCUGCCUCUGGAAUGGUCACACAACGGCAAUGUUUAUAAAUGUUUCCAAAGCUUUUUGUUACAUUCUUAUUGUAAGACUGAUCAGCAUCGAACACAUAGGUUUUUAUAAUUAAAGUUUUCUGUUUUAUAGGCCAGUGAGCAUAUGUUUUUUGAUUAUUUACAAUCUUGGGGCCAUUGCUCCAGUGACUGACCUCAGUCUUAAUUUACUAUGAGAAAAUAACCCAAAUUUUAUUUUGGGCUACUUGGCAAAUGAUUUUUCUAAAUGAAAACAUACCUUUGUAUCUAAAUACGACACAAUAACUUUAGGCUGGUAUUUUCAAUGUUCAAACUCGUGCUGUGUAUUAGGAAAUAUUGCUGCUUUCCCUGUAUAACUGCUUCAUGUUUACUUGCUUAUCUGUUCACUCUUCUACUGUAGCACUUUACACAUUUUAUGGUUUUUGUACAUCUGAAUAUGCAACAGUGGCUUUUGCUAAGCCCUAUAAUUAUAAAAAUAAAUGAGUAACCUCUCCUCGAUAUAAGAAUAGUAAGAUGAGGAUUUGGGAAAACUGCUUGUUGAUCAUUUCAAGGAAACCAUCUUUCCUAGCUAAAAUUGAAUCAGAUAAUUUGUACUCUUGAAUGUUUUAUAUGAAUAAAUCUUGCCAAAAAGAACAACAAGCAUAAAACAAAAUCAUAAGUGGUUUUGCAUUUAAUUUUAUUUAAGUUCAUCAGUGACUAUUAUUUAGCCAUAAAGCUAUGUUAUUUACUUGUGCUGUAAAAUAAAAUGGUAAAUUCAGACAAAUGAAGAAAUCUGUUUAAUCCCAGCUUCAGUCUCUUCAGUUUCAUACAGAACCUAUUAUAGCUUUGUGUGACAUGUUUAAUAUAAUACUACAAUCACAGAGGUUAUAUACUGUUUGUUGAAUGUGUUUUGACAUUGAAAAUAUGUGAGCCAUAUCGCUGUAUUUUCUUUUAUUUUGCAUUUUUACCAUUAAAUAAAACAAAUUUGAGCCAUACUGUAAA